UCAGCCAAUGGGAGGCGCCGUAACAUCUUCAAAUCUAGGUCGGAAAGGGCGCAGGCGUCAUCAAGAUGGCGGACAAGUUUACGAGGAAGAUUUUCUUUUCCGCCGAAACAAUUUAUAUUUCUCACGAUCGGCGGUGCCUGUUGGCUCUCUGAGGCGCUCACAUAGUGGAUUUAGCUGUCAGUAUCCCGAAGGACGCUGUUAUUCUAGAGAGAGGAGCAUAUUUCGUUGGACUCUCGUUGGUUGGGAUAGGAGUCACAAUGCCGCGCUACGGCGUCAAAACUUACAGCCGGGGAGCAACAAAACCCAAGGUGGAGGAGCCCACCAACAAGUUCGACCAGGUGUUCGGCGGCGAUUCGAAGCGACCUUUGGCCGCGAAAGCGUCCUCGAAGACGCAGAAAUGGGGCAACACGACGUUCACCGCCGUGCGCAUGACCAGGAGGCACAACGUGGAGAACGAACAGCUGGUCGAGCACAAGCGACGGCGGCUGAACAGCGACGAUCCCUUCAGUUUCGACAGCAGCGACGACGAUCAUUCUUCUCGGAAGGGGCUUCGGACUUCCCCUCGGAAGAAUAUUCCCGCGGAGGAGCAUUCGUACACGUCGCUGUGCAAGCCCGCCCCGCCUCAGAGCAUGGGCGAGCAUUCAUACACUGCGCGAUCGGUCCACAAGCCGGUGCAACCACCAAAAGCGACGGGCGAUCACGCGUACGUUUCCAUGCACAGACCCCCCGUUCAGAGUGUAAAAGAUGACCACACUUACCUAUCAUCCCCUCAGAAAAAGUCAACAAGUGACCAUGCAUACUCAUCUAUCCAGAAGCCUUCUGUACGAAAUGCGUCGGACGAUUAUUCAGAUCACUCCUAUGCCCAUCAUUUAGCGACAACCUCGGUGUUAGCACCGCAGGCGAAGGCUGUUCCUUCAAGCGAACCAGCCGACCACUCAUAUGCAGCCCAUUCCAAGCCCGCGGCGACCAAGAACGCGCCCAAGGAACAUUCGUAUGCUGCUUCCUCGGUGAAGUCCAACGUGUCAAAAACAAAACUGAAAGAAGGCAAGGUGACGGCGGAACUUCUGUUUGACCGAGCCGUCGCUGCAGUUUCAAAAUCAAAUCAGGCAGCUGAAUCCUCAUCACCUAAGGACAAUUUUGAUAUGCCAUCGUCAAUAUCACGUUCGAGGGUAAAAGAAACGCCAGCAGCUAGAGUUGAAGACGACCCUUUCAUUUUUGCCUCCCCGAAAAAGAACAGUGUCAACUCAGGGAAAGACGCUUUCGAUUUCUCGGACUCGGAUGACGGGCUAUCGUCAGAUUCUGAGAGAAAGGAACAGGGUAGACCCUCGUGGAGCAGGAUAACGAAUAGCCAGGGCGGCGGGGUAGCCUCCGGCGGUACAAACUGGGCACGUACCUGCGCCAAGGCAGAUUCGAGCACGGCGGGUGCAGGUAGCAGCAAUAGCAUGACUUUAGAUGAGAGGUGGGCGAGCAUAACCAAGUCUCGCCCUCCCGUUCGAGCGUACACUUGGAACAGCUCGCAAUCAUCUGACGACGACGAGUCACCGAAAUGGCCCGGCCUUCCCCAAACCAGGACUAUAUCCGGAGGCCAGCCGAGGGUUCGAAUCGUGGUGGGUACGGCCAGAAAGACGGGGCCUACCACCACGGCUAACACGUCAGCGCCUAGUAGUACUAGUACUGCAAGUAUACCAGUGUCUUGCGUAAGCAGCAGAGUCGGCUCAAGUAUUACCAGUAAGAGUACUACCGCGUGUACAGCACAAACUGCAGUUGCCUCCACAGCCAACAGGUCGCAGACCGCGCUCAAAUCUUACGCGUCGAGACUCUCGUACGCUCCGCCAAGCGACGAGGGUUCCUUACCGUCGUCCUCACAGGGUUCUACUACUAGCAGCAGGUUGUCGUCGUCACAGCCCAGCACGAGCGGGUUCGCCUCUCUUUCGCAGCCCAGCACGAGCAAGGGCAGCCCGAAAAAGUACACGAGCAAGGGCAGCCAGAGCUUGCCAUCGUCACAGUCGAGUGAGAGGGACGAGGAUCCAUUCGGGUUCGGCGAGGAAGAGUUGCCGUCUCGGUCGCAGCCGACCGCCAGCGGGGAACCCAGGAAGCCGCGCAAAUUCUACAGCCCGAAAAAGUCGCCUGCUAAGGUGAGGUACAAUCCGCGUCCGUGGCAACCAAGCACCUCCGAGAGCUUCGAUCCAACUCUGAUGCCCCCUCCUCCCCCACCCAAGGAUGCGGAUGUUUACGAUCACGAUGAUGAUGAUGAUGAGCCUGCCACCGCGCCCCUGCUGCUGACACGCAGAACGUCGGUGGCCCAGCGUUCCCAUCAUGCACCAGUCACGGCACUGAGGGUUCCUCGCGAACAGAAAGAGCUGUACACUGUGGUGAGUAACGUGAAGAACUACAAUGACUGUAUCGAGCUGGGAGAGACGCAGGAGUUCUCUGAUGACAUAGAGUACCUGCUGGACGGACUCAAGAGCACAGUGAGUGCAGGAACAAGAUGUCUCAGUUUGAUCAGCCUGGCGACCAAGUGCUUGGCCCCGAUCUUCCGUCUGCAGUUGCGAGCGCACGGCACGGUCAACAAGGUGUUCGGGGAACUCCAGGAUGCUGCGUCAGAUCCGGCCCUGUCCCUGUGCACGGCCCUGUUGAUGUACAUGCUGAGUCGAGACCGGAUGAACAUGGACCUGGACUCCACCUGCCUGCAGCUGAUGAUCCAACUGCUGAGUGUGGACGCCCAGGUGGCAGACCCGGCGGACGGGGCCGUGCGAGGUCGGGAGUUCAACAAGAUCAGGGAGAAGGUCCAGCAGCUCUGCGAGAAGACCAACAACAAACAUCUGAAGAUGAAUAAGAUUUCUAUGACCUUCAUGAACACGGACAAUCAGGGGUACCUCCUGUCCUACAAGGGCGGGGAGCUGGUGGGCACGGUGGUGCGCGCGCUCCAGUCCUUCACCAGGAUGUGCCAGCACUUCUCCGACGACGACUCCCUCCCGCUGAACGGGCAGCACGAGGAGGACGACAGCGUGCUCGCCACGCCGGGAACGGUCGUGCGCAGCUGUCUGCUGGCGCUACUCAGGGUGCUGCUCAACCUCACUCAUGACAACGAGUGGGGUAGUACGAAGGUAGGAGAGCAGCCUGGCUUGUUGAAGACAGCUCUCCUGUGUGUCCUCCAGGCACCACAGUACCUCCCUGCAGAGCAGCGAUUCGACAUGCACGUACUGGGUCUGGGACUCCUCAUCAACCUUCUGGAGCACAGUGCCAAGAACCGCCGCCUGCUGACGGAAACGUGGGCACCGUUUGCGUACGAUUCUGUCGGCACAAGUCCCGAACGCCGUGCCGUGGAAACCACCGCAGUAGAGGCUUUGAUAAAGCUAUUCCUCGACAGAGAGGCGGCCGCGCGGGAGGCUGAGGGUACCACGGAGCAGGCCGAGCAGAGCGGGGAGUGGCGCGUGACGGGAGACGGACUGGAGUGGGUCAGCGGGGACAGCAAGGAGGAGCAAGAGGAGAAGGAAGAGGAAGAACCCAGCUCACAGGAGGAUGAGAAGGAUGUGCUCUCCAAAGCACUUCAUAAAGCAGGGAAGCACAUGGAAGACAGCAUUGUGUCGUCUUAUGUAGCACUGCUGCUGGGGUGUUUUGUACAGGAGAGUGAGGGUAAUGUAGAGUCAGUGAGGAAGCAUCUUCCUAACGGAGACUUCAGCAGGAUGGUCACCAUGCUGAAAAAGUUCCUGUCCUUCAUCAGUCUCACGAAUGCUGUUGGAAACAAAGGUGAUAUGAAGAUAGCCCACAUCAUUGAUGUACUGGAGGAAUGCUAGCCACUGCCGCCGUACCUGUACAUAUCUUUAUAUACAUAUGAUAAUACUCUUCUUAUGGGACUUCUGUAGUAUGUCCAACUACUCUCCGAUAUACAACAAAGAAAUAUGGGACCAUUUUUGACUACUGGCCCUAAUGAUUAGUAAAUGAUGAGUUAGUGACAGUGUACAGACAAAAAAAACUUAUAGAUCAUCGUUGUUGAUUUUGUAGCACGGAUGACACAUUCCACCCAAAUGUAGAGUAACUUCACCAAACACAUUUUCACUCUUGAGCACACACACAAGUUUCUUCUUUUUUUUUCUCUGACUUUCUGUUUUUGCUUGUAAACAUAUAAAGAAAGUAAAGUCCAUUCAGGGUGAGGAAAAGUCGUAGUCAGUAUCGGUAUUGUCUAAAUGUGGGAAACAUUUCCUGGCUGGCUUCUUUUCAUUUUCGGUAGUUAUUUUGCCAUAAAUGUGAACACUUUGGAUUUUUAUCUAGGGCCUAGGAAAAAAUGCUGUGUUUCCUAUUCCCUGACUGACCAAUAGUGCUGAGUACCUAAACUCGUAUUCAGAAUUCAUCUCCAGCAUUUGAGGUUCAGGUCUGGACUUGUAAGUCUGGACUAUCAUUGCAAGUACGGACUUGGUUCCCAACAUUUAGGUUUUUUUACUUAGGCCUAAAUGUUUCUACAAGUCCAGUUCCAGUUCCGGGUUUUAGGUACGCAGCACUACCGACCAUAGCAAAAACCUGCCAUCCCUAGCCACCCCUUGGGGAGGGGGGUGUUGCAGUGCACGACUGCUGGCAAGGGAAAUGAAAUUUUCGAUCUGAACCUGAUAUCUGAGUGAUGAAAUUCAAAACAGUAUUUCAAAAGCUAUUAAGAGUUCAUGUUGUAAACAUUGCAUUUCUUUGUUCAGUUAGUUGAUAUUCAUGUACUUGAGCUUGUCCAAUGGAUACCUGUGUGAUUGUGUAAUGAUAUGGAUAAAAACAGUGUUCUGAUGCAUUUCAGUAUUACUGUAUCUAUUGGAUCACUUCGGAUUAACAUCUUAAAAAAUUUUUUAAAAAACUACCGACCUUUUUUUUUCAUUACUGCACUCGAAACUUACUCCCUGUAGUCGGAAACACAGCAUUAAUUCCUAGGCCUAACAAUUAUAAAGCAGUCUGCAUCCCUAAUGCAUUGCCAAAGAAUCAUGGAUGGUUACAAUGUCGCAGUUUCAGUAGCUACAAUAUUACAUGGUGUUACAGUGGUAUACAUGUUCUAGUAUAUUAUGAAUAUAUAUGAUUGAGAAUUUUUUUCGAAAGUGGCAUAAACGAAUAUGUGACACCUACUAGAGUUAUGAUAAGCAGUGUGCAUGUUGUAUUUCGUUUUAUUACCCAUUGGAUUCGAACCCUAGCCCUCUAGCUUUGAUGUAAAAAUACUACCAGACUUAUUUGUGUUGUAGAUCAAGUCAUGCCUUUGAUUGUGUAAACAAACGACACUUCUAACUCUAGCCAGCUUGGUGGUGUAUCCCUUGUUAAAAUUGACUUUGUGAGAAGGUAUACUUGUACGAUUUCUGGAUUGUGUGGAUUGGCAACGCUCUACGAUGGUACACUCUUCAGAAAGAAGGCGUUGUUGUAAAUAAAAGAGUAAAAAAGCAGGGUAAAUUUGUAAACCAUUUCACUGAUUCUGGCUGAAGUGGAACCUUUCCCUGGAUUUCAGAAGUUGUCAUUUCAGUACAUAUUUUCAACUCAAUAUAAUGAUACUGAGUGGCAGGGAAAAAGCAAACACCUGGGUGAAUGUCCCCAAAUUUGGCACUGUUUUGGCAAAAAUUAGAGCACUAUUGUGUAAACUAAAUUCGCGUUCAUUGUCACAGUUGUCAAGCAUGCGAAAAAUAUGGAAUAAAAGUGGUCAGGAAGGUUGAACAAUAACAUAACACAGAGAAUAUGGUAUGCCACAUAAUAAGAUUUUUUUUUUUUCAUUCUUUCGCAUCUUUUGUUGACGGUGACAUUAAAUGGCGUUGGUAUUUUUUCCGAUAUUUUUUUUGCAAUCUACGGCUCAUUUCGUGGCUGCUUUGUACAAUUUAGAGUAUAGUUCAAAAAUUGAUGCAGGCACAAUGUCAUCCAUAUAAUCAAAUCAACAUGGCCUAAGUUAUACACGACUAUAAAGCAGGUGCCUUCUUGACACCAUGAAAAUCUUGUUAUUUGUCAAUGAAAAAAACAAUAUCAACGCACUAUUCUUGAGUUUUGUACUUAGAGAAAAUAUAUGGCAAAGAAUAUGGUCUAUAGAUCUAUUCCAGGCUACUUGUCAAUAUUUUAGAAAAUGAUUUUUACUUAGAUUUCUACAUGUAAUGACUGAAUAGAUUUCACUUGUCAUCUUUGAGCAGCCUAUAUAGAAUUCUCAAUACAGACUUCUGGACUUUCAAAAAAAUGUACUGAUAGUUAUGACCAUGAAGAAUGUAUAUGUAGCAGAUGAAUUUGAAAGUAGAACUUUGUUGAACUUUGUUACAAAUUCUUUGCACCAAAUGAAUUUAUGACAUUGUGUAUAUUUUCUCAUCCCUCACACAGACACUCACACUCACUUAAACUUCUUACACCUUCACUAGAUUUGUUUUGUGGAUUAAAGAGUCUAAGAAAAAUGGGCCCAAGACUAUAUGGAGAUUAGAUACUAUGUAACUGUUUAAUAUUAAGAGUGGGCCUUUUUUCGAGAUAUUUUUUCUGACAUUUCGUUUUUCUUCAGAUACAAGUAGGACUGUGCCAGUACAGUGGUAUUUGCCAUGUAGGUUGGUUUGUAUCCCACGCUAGGCUAAUCUGUGUAUUGGUCGGUCGAAAGUAAUGUAUUUGUAAAUCUGUGUGUACAAUUUUGUCAAUAAAGACUGAUACAAAAAUA